AUGCUGUUCGAAAGUUGGUCGCCACGAGCGAUACAAAAACUUCCAUCCCGAAAUCUCUUAUCCACUACAACUAUUCGUGAAACAGAAUUGUGGAGUAGUGUAUUUGAUCCCAUUCUCACAACAUUGUUCUCUGAUCCUGACCGUGAUAUAUUUCUUAGAUGGACUAAUGUUGUGCCUGAAGAAGGCUGUGUCAGUGAGAUAAUUCGCGCACAGACUGAUGCAAUGAUCUGUGAAAUCGAGCAGCUUAGUUGGGGUUGCACAAUUGGUUAUGGUGAAGCCAAAAUAGCAGAGCCAAAACCGAAUAUUGGAAGUUUAGCCAACGACCUCUUGAGAUUAGCGUUCGUGGCUGCCAAUACUAUGAAGUUGAACGGAAAGAGCCUGAAUGCUCGAGCCUUGAUAUAUCGACUGUCCAAACUAUUAAGGAUGAAUACAUGGAUCGUUCGCGAGAAUGCCCACUAA